AUGGCGUACAACCCGAGAAUGAGCAUCAUACCCACGAAUCAACAGCAGGGCCGGUCCCGGAAAAAGGAGGAUGAAGCCGAUGCCUUCAUGCGUCUCCCAGACCGCGAAAUCGUGGGCUGCAUCACCGACAUUGGCAUUCACUUCACGGUCGCGGACCUUCAGAAACCGAACCCUGCGCAUGUACAACAAAUCUUCGAGUGGUUCGCAGAGUUGCUGCUCAAUUCCACGAGAGAAACGGUCGAGCCGGCAAUGCGCGCUGCCGCGGAAGACGUUUGCGGCGAAUUCUCUGACGUGGUGCCCACCGACACGCGUAACUUGAUGGGAUUCUAUGUAUCGCUGCGCCGGCUGCUAUACGAGUGUGGAAUCACCGACUUUACAUUCAACGACUUGUACAAGCCUACGUAUGAACGCCUGGUCAAAAUAUUCAGCUACCUCAUCAACUUUGUCCGAUUCCGCGAGUCGCAGACCACACUCAUCGACGAAUAUUACAACAAAUCCGAGUCAACAAAGAGUAGAAUUGAGACGCUGCAUGCGGAAAACCAGGAAAACGAGGCGCGACUUGAAGACAUGAGACAUAAUCGCAAGGCCAUGGAGGCCCAGGUCCGUGAAAAGACAAUGAGAAACGAGGAGCUCAAGAAGCAGCUGCUCGAGCUGCAACGACAUCAAAAGACAGUCGCGGCAAGAUUAGACGAGGCCAAGGCGAAGAAGGGCGAGCUCACGAGUCGUUUGGAGCAGAAAACACAAGAUAAAUUAACAUUAAAGCAAGAAAGCAAUAAGCUGCGGCCGUACAUGCUGCAAAGCCCGUCGGCAUUGCACGAUAAUCUGACAGAGCUACGCGAGAUUCUCAACAACGACAAGGCGCACAUUGAUGCGCUCGACCGCAGAGCGCGUGCACUCCAGACAUCGACGGACUCAUUCACCGUGGUAUCAACGGACGUUGCGUCAUGUAUCAAGAUUCUCGACGAAAUCGCUACCGAACUUGCAAAGGAAGAGGAAGAAAUGGUCAGAAAUUCCAAGCAACGCGACGCCUUAUCUGAAAGGGGAAAUAACGCCAGAGAGGUGGAACGCUCCGAAGUGUUGCUGCGACGGCAGUUGAGCAAGUGGGCUGAUCGAACUGAGAAGUUGCGCGAGCAGAGUCACCAAAAGGCUCAGGAAGCCAAGGAGAAAAUGCAUGAGCUAAGCGCCAUUCACCGAAAGUUGACGGAAGAACACACAGACAAAGGCAAAGAGAUGGAGAUUCGGAGGGUCAGGAUUGAGCAGAAGGAGAAGAAGAUGCUUGACCUCAAAGAGAACAUUGAAAAUGAGGUGCACGCCGCGUACGACGAGUAUCUCAAGAUGGAGGCACACAUCAAGCUAUACAUUACGGAAAUGGAGCAGUCUAUCAGUUGA